AUGGCAAGAAAUAACAACUUGAGGUCUAAUCGGGGUGCACGAUCCUCUCAAUUGGUAUCAGAGCAGCAGGAAGCUGAAGCUGGUGCUGAUGAAUUCUUGGAUGAUCAGGAAGGAGCGGAUGCUGAAGAUAUUGUUUCAGAGGAGAAAAUUGCUCGAUUAGAAGAUGCUGUCCUUCGAAAUAGUUCCUUCUGCAAUCAACAGGAAUCAUUCAACCAGAAACUCUCAGCAAGGAUGGAUGAUCUCCAGCUCCAACUAUCUUCAAAAAUGGAGAUUAUUAUGCAAGAGAUCAAGAACCUCAAGAGUCCAGACCAAGGAACUCUGGGAACUGGCUCAAGAGAAGGGAGAGAGAAAACAAGGACAGGAGCUGGGGAAUCUAACAGGAAUGAUCAAAGCAAUGGAUAUCUUCCUCCACAUCGAAGAAAUGUUGAAUUCAGUGGAGAAUUUCAAUCUAUUAGCAGUUUUGGUAACUCCUCAACUCAGAGAAACUCCUUCUUUAGUAAUCAAAAACUUGUUCAACCAAAGUCUUUGCGUUUGGAUUUUCCCUCUUUUUCUGGGGCUGAGGAUGUUAUCGCUUGGUUAGAACAAACCGCACAAAUCUUUGAAUAUUAUGAUAUUAAAGAAGAUGAAUGGGUCAAGGUCUGUUCCUUUUACCUAAGGGGUGAGGCUUUACAGUGGUAUAGGUGGCUUACAAGAAAUAUUGAUAAUUAUCAGUAUUGGUCUGUCUUUAAAGAGGAAUUAAUGACAAGAUUUGGCCCUAGUGAACUGUCAAGGCCAUAUGAUGUUUUCUCAACUAUGAAACAAACUUCCACUGUUAGAGAGUACCUGGGGAAAUUUGAACAAACCUUAGGGUUACUGGAGGAUCAACCCUCUAGAAGGCACAUCCUUGAGAGAUUUAUAGGAGGGUUGAAGGAUGAGCUUAGGUUUGAGGUUGCAGCUGGCAGACCUUCUUCUUUGAAGGAAACAGUGUCAUUAGCCAAGCUAUUUGAAGACAAACAAAGAAAUGAAAAAAGAAGUAAAGGGAAUUGGAAUGUUUUUAAUCAAGGAAAUUCAUAUAAUCGUACCCUUCCUGAAGUGCCUGUACAAGACAAAUCAAAAUUUCCUCAGUUCAAGAAGCUUACACCUGAAGACAUACAAAAGAAGAGGAGUCAAAAUCAUGAAAAAUGGCACAGAGGACAUCAGGGUAAAGGUAAGCAUAUAUUCAUCUUAGAAGGAGUCUUAGAAUGUGGAACUGAGGAAGAGAUAGAAGAUCAUGGGUGCAAUGAUCAAGAAGACCUGGCCAUUGAAUUGGCUGAAAGUCUGGUAAGAGGAGCUCCUUCUAUCUCAGUCCAAGCUCUUAGUGGAAUCACAGCCUCCCAUACCAUCAGAGUUGUGGGGUAUUACAAGAAUCAAGCCAUCAGCAUCCUGAUUGAUUCUGGUUCUACACAUAAUUUCGUCAAUUCAAAGUUAGUUAAGAGACUUGGAUUACCAGUGACAGAGUAUAGCAAUUUUGAUGUUCUUGUUGCAAGUGGAGAGUUAAUUAAGGGAGAUGGGGUGUGCCAAGGGGUGUCAUUGGAUUGUCAAGGAGUGAGCAUUCAAGUAAAUCUGUUAGUGAUGCCAUUGGGAGGUAGUCAGAUUGUGUUAGGGGCAGAUUGGAUGAAAACCUUAGAAGAUAUCACCUUGAACUUCAAAAAGUUGCAGGUAACAUUCUUAUGUGAAGGAGUAAAGAGAACUCUACAGGGAAUAAUACCAGGAGAGUUACAAUUGGUUAGUGAGAAAGAUAUUGCUAAGUCUGUUAGGGAGCAAAAAGAAGGAUACUUAAUUCAAUUAUGCAGUGUAAAUUUGCAAGAACCUGUUUCAGGAGCUAUUCAUGAAGAAUUACCUGCAGAUAUCAACAGCUUGGUACAAGAGUUUGAUGUUAUAUUCCAAGAACUACCACAUCUCCCUCCUGCUAGAGAGAUUGAUCAUAAAAUUCCCUUGGAAACUAGAACAAAACCAGUAUGCAUUAGACCUUAUAGGCAUGCACAUUUCUUGAAAGAAGAAAUUGAGAAACAGAUUGAAGAGAUGCUGGAAAAAGGGAUCAUCAGACACAGUCAUAGCCCUUUCUCCUCACCAGUAGUGAUGGUCAAAAAAUCUGAUGGGAGCUAG